UAGAGGAGGGAGAGAGAGAAAGAGGCAGGCACCUCAAAGCCGGGAGGAAAGAGCGUGGGUGUUCCCCGUCAGGCCGUCACCGAGUACCGACCAUUUGCUUCUUCUUCUUGUCCGCCUUUUCAACGUGGGAUUUUUUUCGUUUCCCAUUUCGCUGUGGUCCUCAAUCUGGUCGCCUGACUUUUAUAUUUCCUGAUCGUCUUCCUACCCAUACCCCUCACAACGCUCAGAUGAUGGCGAGGAGUGCGUCUCCCACGAUGCCCCUCCUUGCUGCUUCUCGUCCUUCCUGCACCCGAUUAUUCUCAUGGUGCCCAGAGACCGAUAGGAACUGGGGGAGUAGGAGGAGGACGUGGGGAACGCUGAAUUACAGUGUUGGUGGGAGGCAGAUUGUCUGCGCCUGCUCCGCUCCACCGAAAGGUUGGGGGGAAAGGCCUCCCCUUCUUAAGAUCAAUGAUUCGUCGCGUGUAGAGGAGUAUGCGUCUGUCAGUGGAGAGCCUGACGAUGGCUCUGACGUUCUGAUCGAAUGUAGAGACGUUCACAAGGCUUUCGGCGAUAAACAAAUCCUCAGAGGAGUGAGCUUCAAGAUCAAGUAUGGAGAAGCUGUAGGCAUAAUUGGACCAUCUGGCACUGGAAAGUCAACAGUACUUAAAAUUAUGGCAGGGCUUCUUGCUCCAGAUAAGGGAGAAGUUUUUAUCUGUGGGAAGAGGAGGCAUGGUUUGAUUAGUGAUCAAGAGAUAUCAGGCUUGCGAAUUGGAUUGGUCUUUCAGAGUGCAGCCCUUUUUGAUUAUCUUAAUGUUCGUGAAAACGUUGGCUUUCUCUUAUAUGAAAAUUCAAGCAUGUCAGAAGAGCAAAUAGCUCAGCUUGUAACAGAAAACUUAGCAGCUGUUGGUUUGAAGGAUGUUGAGGAACGAUUGCCUUCAGAGUUAUCUGGUGGUAUGAAGAAAAGGGUCGCAUUAGCUCGCUCCAUAAUAUUUGACAACACCAAAGAUAAAAUAGAGCCUGAGGUUCUUUUGUAUGAUGAACCCACUGCUGGACUAGAUCCAAUUGCCUCAACUGUAGUUGAGGAUCUUAUACGCUCUGUUCAUGUGCAAGGCAACGAUGCUACUGGAAAGCCUGGCAAGAUAACCUCUUAUGUGGUCGUCACACACCAGCAUAGCACCAUAAGAAGAGCAGUUGACAGGUUGUUGUUCCUACAUGAAGGACGGCUUGUUUGGCAAGGCAUGACACAUGAAUUUACAACAUCAACAAACCCUAUUGUUAGACAGUUUGCUUCAGGAAGUUUGGAUGGGCCAAUUAGAUAUUGAAUGAUGCAGUGUAAAGUCAAUUUCAUGGUUGGCAAGGUUAUUGGACGCCCUGAAAUCAGUUUUCCCUCGUAUGUUGGCGAACUUCAGUGGGUUCGGGAGAUUUUUUAUGGCAAAGUUGAUUGUCAACACCAGAAUGUGUAGGUAACAGAUUCCAAAAAAAAGCUUGCUGCUUGUCUGCCACAUUUCCAGGGGCAGCUUUUUCUGACUCAGAGAUUACUGGCGGCCAUACGACAGAUGGAGCUGGUGAAAAAUAGCUAAAGAAAGACAUUGCAAACAUUCGGCUAACAAUUGCUGUCUACAGUCAAUCCAGUACAUGAAGUGUUCUUCUGUGAAUUUUUCUCAAUAAUAAAAUGCUGAAAUUCAUUGGCGGAGAAGUCAUCAUGUAUCACUUGCACCAGCAAGACACCCAUUUCUGUAGUAGUAUUUUAUUACAAGUUUUA